GUCACUGCUUCGGCUUGGCUGCAAACUAGAUAAUUUCAGAAACAUCCCUCGACAACGCGCGGCCUCGUCCUUGUCCCCCCCACCACUCGUCGAACAUUCUUGAACGUCCACUCUACGGCCCCCGGCCUACACCCUUGACAGCCCACAAUCCGGAUCCUACGUAGCAAUAGCAAUGGAUCCACCGCCAGCGACAAUGCCGCCCUUUAACGGCCCCACCAGGAAGCAAAACGUUGCUUGCGACGCUUGCCGCGCAAAGAAGGUCCGAUGCUUGCGUGCAAACACUACCGAACGGUGCGAGCAAUGUGUGGCAAAGGAGCUCGAAUGCACCUCAAACUACAUUGAACAACUACAAAACAAGCCCCGUCGACCACGGCGCUUCAAGAGUGGCGACGACUUCCGCACUCGUUCUGCCGCCGGCGAGAAGCGGUCCGCGCCCGACGAUGACAACAGCCAAGGCAGCCAGCGGGCGUCACCUGUCCUGCAAUCGAGGAGAACGUCGGGCCCUCCCGCCGAGUCAGAGACCAACACCACGAGCUCGACGCGCAACACCCGUGACAUGCUUGGUGUAGACGACGCUAUGGCCAUGCUCGCUUGGAUGAACCCCUCGGCGCCGUCCGUCUACUCGCGCUCGCCCAUUAAGGACGCCGGCGGUGCCCAGGCUGACCUGAUGAGGUAUCUGUUCUCACCGACUGCCGCCUUGCACCACGAGUGGCGGUACAGCGACUUGUCGAGCCUCGAGAUGGUACGAGGUGGCAACUGUGACAUGUGGGAGGAACAGAACGGGGUGGUAUGGGACGAGGCGCCGACAGCAGCUCAUCUGGGUCUCUGGGCCGCUGGCGAGGCAGAGAUGGAAUCCUUGGCGAUCGAGCUCAUCGACUCCUUCUUCGCAAUCAUCAAUUCUCGCUUGCCACUUCUUGACCCGCAGUCGUUCAUGUCGCGGUUCACAAGCCCUAUGACCGACCCCGGAGGUCCGCUUCCUCAUCCAUUGCUAGCCGUGGUGCUGGCGUUCGGAGCGAAAUUCGCUGAAAACGCUCACAUCACAUCGGAUCGCGACGAGACCAGUGCGCGCGAUCCCGAAGGCGUGACCGGUCGCACACGUAGCCGAAUGGUGCAGCUUCUCGCCAUCCGUGCUCGCGAGGUUGCCGAGGUUGGUAAGGUCUGGCGGGUUCCGACCGUGGCCAACACCCAGACCCUGAUCCUGAUGGAGUCGUUGAUGUGCCAGGCGCCUUUGUUGAAGAGAAAAUACCAGGCAUGCCAUCUGGCCGCCGCGUCCCGUCACCUAAGCCAGGUGAUGGACUCGCCUCUAGACCACACCUUUAAUUACGCCUACAAGGACGAAAGAAUGAGGGUGCAACUCGCCCUCUUCAUCAUCACUGGGUUCGAAUCAGUGUUCCACCGACUUCGCUCCGAAGUUUUCGAUUACAUUGUUGACCUCACGCCUCUCAUUAUGAGCGGCGAAGGAGCUGCCGGGGGUUCUUCGUACACCGCUUCCGACGACGACGCUUGGCUGACCGCCGCUCGGGCCGGGGCGGUAGUGUGCCGCAAGCUAUCGGCAGACCUCUGGCACCCUCGCAUUUCCGCCAACGGGAUCCCUCUAUCUGUUCUCCGUGAUUUUGUCCAUGAACACUCGUCAUGGAGGGACGCCUACCUCGCCCGACUCGGAGUGCCACUCCAGUGGCCAGACUCGUGGGACUUUGUGGCUGCCAUCAAGGCCUGCUCCACCGACAUCUUUUACCACGAGUUGUGGCUCGUAGCCGAGCGAGCCGUGCGCGACUUUGGGAUCCAGGGCGGCAGUGACGAGAGCUCACACGGCAUGAUGAACCUCGAGGUGUCUCAAAUGCGUGAGCGCCUCAAGCACGAAGCCCUGCACAGCGCCAUGCGGAUAGCCGCCCUGUCUGCGGUGCUCCUCGAGCACGGCUACCUUCGACUUGACCCACUGGUCCUCUAUCGUCCCAUGUAUGACGCCGGUAUGUUCCUCGCCCGCCAAGGCCGCGAGGAGAGCCGCGCAUUGGUGGCUGGUUUGAGGCAGUACGCCGGGCCGUACCCUCAAAUGUGGGACUUGGCACUCGAGAUUGAGGCUGUGCUGCUCGAGUCGGCGGGCGGCGCCGGCUCGGCGUUUCCCUUGCAGGCGGCGUCGGCGCAAGAGGUGACCAACGUGCUCAACGGACAUCAGCCGUCGGUGCUGGUGUAAGUUUGGUUGGUUUGCGACGCGCCGCGAUGCCGGACUCGGCGAGGCGCCACAUGUAGCUACGGGAUUAAUUGUAUAAAAUAGGGUGUAAAUAAAAGGCCCGCUGGUGCGAAGGCCAGUGCGAGGCAACCGGCGACAUUUUCAGCCGCGAGAUGUAGU